AUGAUUGAUCGUACCGAGUUAUCGAAGUUUGGUAUUACUACGCAACUGUCUGUUAUUGGACGUAAUCCAGAUGAACAAAGUGGCUUUGUUAAUCCACCUUUGUAUAAGGGGUCAACCAUCAUUCUUAAAAAACUUAGUGAUUUAGAACAAAGGAAAGGAAGAUUUUACGGGACAGCAGGUUCUCCAACUAUUGACAAUUUAGAAAAUGCCUGGACGCAUUUAACCGGCGGUGCUGGGACAGUGCUAUCAGCUUCUGGGCUUGGUUCUAUCUCUUUGGCGCUAUUGGCCCUUUCGAAAGCUGGUGAUCAUAUCUUGAUGACUGAUAGUGUCUACGUGCCAACACGUAUGCUAUGUGAUGGUUUAUUGGCCAAGUUCGGUGUUGAAACGGAUUAUUAUGACCCAUCAAUAGGGAAGGAUAUAGAAAAACUAGUUAAGCCAAAUACAACCGUCAUUUUCCUCGAAAGCCCGGGUUCUGGGACCAUGGAAGUACAGGAUAUUCCAGCUUUGGUCUCUGUUGCCAAAAAGCAUGGGAUAAAGACAAUUCUAGACAACACAUGGGCAACGCCACUCUUUUUUGAUGCUCAUGCGCAUGGUAUCGAUAUUUCGGUAGAAGCUGGGACAAAAUAUUUGGGUGGUCAUUCAGAUCUUCUUAUUGGUCUGGCCUCCGCAAAUGAAGAAUGUUGGCCGCUAUUACGGUCAACUUAUGAUGCAAUGGCAAUGUUACCAGGUGCCGAGGACUGUCAAUUAGCAUUGCGAGGAAUGCGUACAUUGCACUUAAGAUUGAAAGAGGUAGAAAGAAAAGCCCUGGAUUUGGCUGCUUGGCUCGGAAAUCGAGAUGAGGUUGAAAAAGUGCUUCACCCCGCCUUUGAAGAUUGUCCCGGACAUGAAUACUGGGUUCGUGACUACAAAGGUUCUUCAGGCUUAUUUUCCAUUGUCCUUAAAAAUGGGUUCACAAGAGCUGGUCUGGAGAAAAUGGUAGAAGGGAUGAAAGUUUUGCAAUUGGGAUUUUCAUGGGGUGGCUAG